AUGUCGAAAAUCAAGGCAGGGCCUGUUGUUGACGUGCUUGGUGAUGAGAUGACAAGAAUUAUUUGGGAUCUUAUUAAAAAUAAGCUUGUUCUGCCAUUAUUGGACAUAAAAUUACAUACUUACGACUUAGGUAUCGAAUACCGUGAUAAAACUGAAGACCAAGUAACUAUUGACUGUGCUAAUGCUAUAAAAAAAUACAAUGUUGCCAUUAAAUGUGCAACAAUUACCCCUGAUGAAAAGAGAGUCGAAGAAUUUAAGCUGAAGAAAAUGUGGUAG